AUGGAUAACAAAAAAGUUGAAUCAAGCUCCGAAAAAUCCUGGAAAUCAAGAAUUCCAUGUAAACAAUCGAUAGCCCAAAGUGUCUCAACCCUCUGGGGAUUUGAAUUGGACAGCAUAACGAGUUAUGAGAGAUUUGUCAAGUUGCUUUACAGACCAACAGACGCGGCGAGCCUCGGAGUGGCUCGAGCCCUGUUCGGUCUGUGCAUGGUGAUCGACGUAGUAGAGGAGCGAGGAUUAUCAGACAUCGAUUUAAAAUGGAGAGGCGCCCACGCCUGUCACUUCCCCCUGAUUCACACCAUGAAUCAGCCUUCAUUACCCCACAUGAUUGUCCUCUACACCCUGAUGUGGCUGGGAGCCUUCGGAAUAAUGCUAGGAUUCCUCUUCAAGCUCUCCUGCGCCUGCUUCGUCCUCCCCUACUGGUACAUUUUCAUCCUCGACAAGAGCUUCUGGAACAAUCACUCGUACCUCUACGGCAUCGUCUCGACAUUACUCUGGGGAACAGGCGCCAAUCGCUACUGCUCACUGGACUCUAGACUAUCCAGAAAACCAUCCACAGUGCCCCACUGGAACUACUUCAUCCUAAAGUUUCAGUUCUUUCUUCUGUAUUUCUUUGCCGGAUUAAAGAAAUCCAGCAGCGAGUGGCUAGAAGGCUACUCCAUGACGAAUUUGUCAGAGCACUGGGUCUUCGAUCCCUUCAAGCUCAUCAUGACAACUGAACAGACUGAUUUCCUCAUUGUCCACUGGUUCGCCUUCAUCUUCGAUCUCACCGUUGGUUUCUGGCUGCUCUUCGACAGAACAAGAAUCCCCGCUAUGAUCUUCUGUGCGGCAUUUCACUUGAUGAAUUCAAGACUCUUCAGCAUCGGAAUGUUUCCCUACGUCUGUCUAGCAACGAUGGGGCUGUUCUGUCACGUCAGUUGGCCAAGGAGGAUAAUCCCCUCAUUAACUUCCUCAAGAAGCUUCGCAGCAUGUGAGAACGUCGACUCGAACACCGAAAACUCGAGUGAAAUUCGAAAAAAAAGUGUGAGUGCGUGGCUGCCGAGACCAAUUCCCCCGGAGAAGCCAAAGCCCAAAAGGCCUAACAAACAGCAGAAGAUGGUAGUUUCGUUCUUACUUCUCCACAUAAUCCUCCAGCUCUUCCUGCCCUACUCUCACUUCAUAACGAAAGGCUACAACAAUUGGGUGUCAGGAUUGUACGGCUACUCCUGGGACAUGAUGGUGCACAACUGGGACACAAUUCUGGUAGUGGUGAGAGUCCACGACAACGAGAGCAACGAGGAUCAUUUCGUUGAUCCCCAAGCCUGGGUGCAGAACGAAAAGUGGUCGAAGCACCCUGACAUGGUGAUACAAUACAGCCAGUGCCUAAAAAGCCAAUUGUUAAGAAAGAAACAGCAGGUCCUGAGGUCAGCGGGGAGAACCAAGGACACCAGCGAGUGGUCGAGGCUGUCAUCAAACCUGAGUAUUUACAUUGACGUCAGGUGUUCCCUGAACAGCAGAUUCCAGCAGAGGAUGUUCGAUCCCACUGUCGACAUGUUGAGGGUCGACUGGCACCCACUGAAGCCCGUCAGCUUCCUGAUGCCCCUCCUGACCCAGUACAACUCGUACAGACAGAAGAUGGAGGAGAUUAUCCAGGAGGUGUACACCUGGUCCAAUUACACUGACGUUCUCUUCGUGGCUGAUUACCCGAGCAUGAGCAUGGAGAACUACUUCACCAAUGAUUUUUCAAACGUGACGUUAACGGUUCUGGAGGGUCAGGUGACAUAUUCCGAGGAGAAUUGCUCGGACGUCAUUACUGUUGACAAGGGUCACAGGGUGUCAGUUACUACGGAGAAACUGCAUGAAAUCACCACUGUCAGUGGUUAUCCAUCCUGCUACAUGUACACGUACACCAAUCGGACGAAAGAGCAAUUGGCAGUGGAUGGGAUAUCAGAGCCCCCGCGAAAAAGAACUGGACUCCCGAUUCUCAAGGAGAUGAGGUAUAAAUUAAACGCCUGGUGGAGAGCACUUGGUCACAUAGCGAAUGCUUUUUUCUAUCUUGUUUAUGAUGUGCCGAUGGUGCGACGAGUGCCGAGAGAACCCAAUUACCACGAAGACUAUUAUCGAUAA